UUACGUGCCCACUUCUUCACUUUCGUCAGAAGGUGCUCUACAGACAAUCGUUCAGUAUGUUGCCAUAUUCCAUGUUGUUGCUUUUUUUGGUGGCCGUUGCUGCUGUUGGAAGUGCUGAAAUUAGGUCAAGUGAUUGGGAUAUAAAGUCCAUGGAGAUAAAGAAAGGAGAUAAAGCGAAUCUAAAAUUGUAUUAUGAAAGUCUAUGCCCUGACUGCGUAGACUUCCAAAUAAAACGAUUGGACCCCUUAUUAAAGGAAAUCGGAUCUUACAUCGAUCUUAAACUGUAUCCUUAUGGAAAAGCUAAAAGGCAUGAAAAAAAUGGUAAGACCGUAAUUACUUGCCAGCACGGCGAAGAGGAGUGCUACGGGAACAAGCUUCAUGCCUGUGCCAUUGAUAAACUGAAGGACAUUAAAGUGGCGGCACAUUACAUCACCUGUAUGAUGAACGGGACGUGGGGAGGCGACGGAUCCACUGAUAAAGACGCCACUAAGUGCGGAGAUCAAAUGAAAAUCGACUCAAAGCCUAUCAAGGAAUGCGCUAAAGGUAAAAAAGGGGAGGAACUACUAGAAUACUACGGCAAAGAGACCGAAAAGGUCAAGUUCAGAAGCGUACCUCAUGUGUUAAUAAAUGGGGAGAAGUUUGACCUGGAGGACGACUUGAAGAAGAAAAUAUGCGAAACUUUGAAAAAUCUGCCACCUCAAUGUAAAACUAAAGAGCUAUUGAACAUUUUCUCCUCAAUUUUGUCUAAUAUUUUCUGAAUCUGGUGCAAAUAUAAUUGUACUCUUUGAUGAAA